AUGACCGUACUGAAGGGGGUAUCAUGUGCGCUGUUGGGUCUACUGGUCUCUGUUUCUGGUCAACCGAAAGGUUGUGGUUUUAUUCCAACACUAGCGCGCCUGGAUUGUCACCCGGAGCCAGCUGCAACCGAGGAAAAUUGUCUAUCACGCGGCUGUUGCUGGGAGAAGCCCAACAAUCCUGACGUGAAUGCUUGUUACUUUCCGGCCGAGUACUCUGCCUACUCUGUGCGAAACACAUCCUCCGAGCCCGGACACUACACAUUCUACCUGCAGAAGCAGCCCACCAGCGUUCACCUCGCCAAUGAGCUUUCGGAGGUGAGGGCAGAUUUCAUUUACGAAACAGCCAGACGUCUGCGUAUACGCAUCACCGAUCCACAAGUGGAUAGGUGGGAGCCUCCUGUCGAUAUCGACCCACCAGUAAAUUUCCCUCCAAAAGCUGUCAACUACCGGGUGAACUAUGACCCAGAGAGAUUUGGUUUCAGGGUUUAUAGAAAGAUGGGGGUGGACGAAGAAGACAAACUGCUAAUCGAUUCAACCGGUCUCCUCGCCAGUAGUCUGAUGGCAAACAACCGAUUCUGGCAAAUUGCUUUUAAAAUUGAAGCUCAACGCGGUUUCGGGCCAGGCGAACGUAGAACCGAAUUUCCCCUUCGCCUACAGAGUUGGGAAAGGAUUGCUCUGUGGUCUCGAGACCAGCCGCCAGUGGAGCACGCUAAUCUCUACGGUGUACACAAUUUCUUCCUUGGUUUGGCUGUCGAUGGAACUGCAUUCGGAAUCUUUUUGCUUAACUCAAACGCCCAGGAGGUUGCAUUCCAGCCCAUGCCAUCAGUCACCUACCGGACACUCGGCGGUAUCCUGGACUUCUUUAUUUUUGUAGGCCCAGAACCCCAGGACGUCAUCUCGCAGUAUUUAGAUCUCGUUGGACGUCCUCCCUUGCCUCCGUACUGGGCCCUUGGAUUCCAUCUCUGUCGUUAUGGGUUUCGUGACCUGGCGGAUAUGGAAGCGACGGUAUCUAGGAACAGGGAUGCCCACGUGCCACUGGAGGUUCUCUGGGCUGAUAUAGAUUUCAUGGACGGUUACAAAGACUGGAGCGUAGACCCUGUAAGAUUUGCAGGCUUUGGGAAGUUCAUAAAGGAAACGAUUCGCAGCCAGAACGAUAUGCGUACAGUAAUCAUGUUUGAUGCUGCUAUCCAUGCGAGUUCCGACUCCGAGUACGAAGUCUACUGGGACGGCCUAAGAAGAGGAGUAUUUAUAAAUGACAGUCGAACGGGAAGACCAAUCCAAGGGGCUUCGUGGCCAGGUAUCACGGUUUAUCCGGAUUACGCUAAGCAGGAAACAAUUGAAUGGGUCUAUGACAGUGUCGCUAAGUUCCAUCAGGAAGUUCCCUUUGAUGGGCUCUGGAUCGACAUGAAUGAGCCCUCAAAUUUUCAUGACGGCUCAGUCGAUGGGUGCGACUGGAACAGCCAACUGGAUCACCCACCCUACCAGCCGAGAGUCCUCGGAGAUUUCCUGUACUCCAAGACUAUUUGUCCGUCUGCACUGCAUGAGAACGGGACCCACUAUGAUCUGCAUAAUCUCUACGGCUACAUGCAUGCCAAGGCGACAAGAACGGUCCUGCGACGCCUGCUGCCUGGACAGCGCCAGUUUGUGCUGAGCCGUUCAACAUUUGCUGGAUCCGGCCGCUACACAUUCCAUUGGACAGGUGAUAAUUUUGCUACCUGGACAGACCUCGCGGCAUCUAUACCACAGAUGCUCAACUUCAAUAUUUUUGGAAUACCUAUGGUAGGAGCUGAUAUUUGUGGAUUCAUUGGAAACACGACGGAGGAACUGUGCAUCAGAUGGAGUCAGCUGGGAGCUUUUUACCCUUUCUCAAGGAAUCAUAAUGCUGCAAAUACCAAUGAUCAGGAUCCCGCCAGUUGGAGUGGUGCGACUGUUGACAUUAUUCGGGAGGCUCUCAAGACCCGCUACCGCCUGAUACCCUACUUGUACAGCCUCUUCUACAGAGCUAGAUUAAAUGGCAUGACUAUCGCUCGAGCCUUAGCUCUCGAGUACCCCCGAGAUCUGACCUGCCAUUCUAUUGACAAGCAGUUUCUCUGGGGUUCCUGUCUUCUAAUUACACCCGUAUUAACCGAGGGCGCGAGAGGAGUCUACGGCUACUUACCGGAGGGAGAGUGGAUCGGGCUGAAUGAUCAGGUGCGUCACCAAAGCAAGGGAGAGUGGUUUUAUUUUCAGGCGCCAUUGGAGCAGAUCCCCCUACAUGUAAAGGCCGGCUGUGCAAUUCCACUUCAUGUGUCUGCGCAGACAGUCAACCAGGCGCGCGAAAGUGGAGUCGGUAUUUUGGCUGUUCUUACGGAGGAGGACGAUGGCACUCUGGCGACCAAAUCUGCAGCAACUGCACGAGGAGAACUCUUCUGGGAUGAUGGCAUCAGCGAGACUCAGGCGUAUACUUAUGUUGCCUUCACUGUGGCUAACAGAAAAUUAACUAUUCUGCCGAGAGUCAUUCGGUUACAUCCCGAAGACGAGCUCCUUCACCCGCCGGUGCCAUUAGCCUUCAUCAAGAUCAUUGGCAUAAGUAAGCAACCGAAGACAGUAUGGUUCAAUUCGGAAUCUUGCGCUUUCUCCUAUGACGCCGGGACACGAACACUGCUUGUCGAGGGUCCUCCAUUUGUCCACUUGAAUACGACAACUCAGGUUGCCUGGGUCUUCUGA